UUAGAUGAAGAAAAACGCUAGUGAAGAGGACGGGUAAGCAGUGGAUUACCGAAUCGAAAAUUUUAUUGGCGUCGCAGUGUUCGUAGUGCAAGAGAAAAGAUGCAACCAUGGAUAAAAAUGGUCAGGAAGGCAAAAAUGACUUAUCGUGUGCUAGUUGCUACAAUUCAAUAGCAAAAACCGAUUGCGUCUCGGCCCUCGGUCAGGAAUGGCACAGUGAUUGCUUUAGAUGCUCGGUGUGUGACGUUCAUUUGUCGAAUUGGUAUUUUGAGAAGGAGGGGCUACUGUUUUGCAGGGAUGAUUACUGGGCCAAAUACGGCGAAUCCUGCCAGCAGUGUGCUCAGGUAAUUUCCGGUCCGGUGAUGGUGGCUGGAGACCACAAGUUUCAUCCUGAAUGUUUCUGUUGUGAGUCAUGCAAAAUUUACAUUGGAGAUGGAGAAGCCUAUGCGCUGGUGGAACGAUCGAAAUUAUUUUGUGGGCAAUGCUACAAACGGCAAAUGCAGGAGUCUGCCAAGAUGGUACACGAGUGCACUGAUAGCAGUAUGUUAAAUGCGACCGACGGCACUCGGAAGAAGACACCCCACUCUAUCCGUUUAAUCGAGAUACCGUGGACAAACGCUAAAAAAGAUGGAAUCCGCCUAUCGGUAGACGAGAACUUGUAUGGCGUUCCUACUUACUCCACUACUGGUUGUAAGAAUGUUAGAAUAUCCGAGGUAUUUUGCACCUUCUAUGGGCAGCUAGGGAAAUACAUUUUGUCAUGUGUGUCUUCUAUACUAGAUGCUUGUUGUGGGGUGCUUCAUUGUAGAAUCGAUCUAAAGUCUGAUUUGGUGUCUCUUCAUAUUGGCGAUAAGAUCUUAGAAGUGAAUGGAACACCAGUGCGCGAUACUCCGUUGGAGAAUGUGGAGAAGUUAAUUCAGAACUCGGGCAAAGUACUUCAGCUUACGAUUGAGCACGACCCAGAAAGCAUCGGUCGCUGCCGGUUGAACAGGCAGAAUGUCGAUGAUGAUCGACACUGUCAAAUACCCGAUAAUAACUGUAACUACAGUGGCAGCAGUGUCCUGAAAGAACGAUCUCCGUCGCCCAAUAAAUUUGAUAAGGAACGUGUUUUCAAGAAAAAAGACGAAGGUUACAUAAGCGGAACGUCUCGGAAAUUGCACAAACGACUGAAAGAUGUUAACUGUAAUAAUGCAUCGAAUAAUCUCAAGGAAAAGGAAAGAAGUUCCAGCAUGUCAAAGCUUCUGGAUGAGCAUCAUCCGCACCACAGCGGAGAUUUUUAUGAUCUUUCGCGUACAAAAUCGUUUAGAGUUGAACAAAAAGCUGCACGCAUUUUUCGCGCUUCGGAUCUUGUUCAAGGAGAAUUACUAGGCAAAGGGUUCUUCGGUCAGGUAUUCAAGGUGACCCAUCGAGUUACCCAGGAAGUGAUGGUGCUGAAAGAACUUUAUCGUGUCGACGAAGAGGCUCAAAAAAAUUUCCUCAAGGAAGUAGCUGUUUUACGGUCACUCUCGCACCACAACGUGCUUAGGUUUAUCGGUGUUCUCUACAAGGACAAAAAGCUACACUUGGUAACGGAAUAUAUUCCUGGUGGGUCACUGAAGGAACUGAUCCAUGACUCUGGAUUGCCAUUACCGUGGGAACAGAGAGUUUGUUUCGCGCGUGACAUUUCAUGUGGUAUGAGUUACCUACAUUCCAUGAAUAUAAUACAUCGGGACCUGAAUUCACUCAACUGUUUGGUACGUGAGGACAAGACAGUGAUUGUGGCUGAUUUCGGAUUAGCCCGGAUCCUCAAGCAACCAAUCAGCACUGCUUUCGAGAAGUGCUCGCAAUCCAAUGGCACGAUCGGAAGACGCGGAAGACCACGGCGCCAGCGAUAUACCGUCGUGGGUAAUCCGUACUGGAUGGCACCGGAGAUGAUGCGCGGCAACAAGUAUGACGAAAAAGUGGAUAUAUUCUCGUUUGGUAUCAUGUUGUGCGAAAUUAUCGGAAGAGUUCAAGCGGACCCCGAUUAUUUACCGCGAACGUCUGACUUUGGACUGAACCAGACGGUAUUUAAGGAGAAAUUUUGCGGUCAAUGCCCAGAGUCAUUCUACAAGAUAGCGUUCCUAUGUUGUGAUCUGAACCCGGACAGACGGCCUCCGUUCGAUUUACUGGAAGUCUGGUUCGAGUGUAUGGCCCGACAUGCCGCCAUUGGGAAAUCCCUUCCUUCGAGCAUCGCGUAUGAAAUAGAACACUUCAAGGGUCAGAAAAGCAACGAUUCGAGUAAGUGCACAACUCCAGAUGGCCUCGCAACUCCUCCACCGUCUGGUGUGAAACCCUCGCUGAGUCGCAAACGUAUAAGUGAAGAGAACGUUCAAGAAAUUGUGAAUAGUGAAAAGACAGUGAAACCGGGACGGGAUGGGAUUGAUGUGGUAGAUUGUGGAAAACCUGUAAUGGGAGUGGCCGGUUCGACUACGGAAGACAACGUGGAAACUAAUAACAUUACCAAUAGUAGUAGUAGUACUAGCAAUAGUGUAAGUGUAAGUGGUUUCAUAAUUGGUGGGACUGAAAUACCCAAAUCACCGCAUUUGGGGAAGGACUUCUCGCCUAACGGCGAUCGUAUUAGGGACAGUAUAAGGGCGCGGCGCCGACAGCGGAUGAUACUUAGUAGGGAAAAUCAGCGCAAGUCGUUGGAUUCGAGCAGUUUGGGACUGAAAUUUAGUAGUCUAGAUGUAGUGGUGAAUGCCGACAGUAGUAUCUCAGAGCCAACUAGUUUGAUACAGGUUGAUCCGAAUUCGUCCAAACAUCCUCCUUCGACGGAAGACGUACUAAAUUCUGUCCGAGAUACUCUGGAAAAUAAUCCAAAUCUGAUAAGACGAACAGAUGGUUCUUCGAAAGCAAAGCACUAUGGGGAGAAGGGUUUUAUUAUUCAUUUGAAUAACGGUAGCCUUACGUUGAACAAUGUCAAAGAUUUGGAAGGUUGUUCCGAUUUUGACUCGAGCUGUGACACAAGUUUAAAUUAUGUUGAUUUGAAUGGCAGUGGUAUGAACAGUAGUGUAAUACCACCUAGCUUGGAAAAUGAAUACUGCGAGAGAGUAAACAACAAUACGGAUGUUUGGUCAGUUCCAGUAUUCAAAGAUGGUGACGAUGAAGCUGUUGGUUUAACGAAAUCUAAUAAAACACAAACAACGAACAAAAGUGCGCUUGAUGACCUAAGGACUCAAUUGAGUUUAUGCCGUAAAAACGUAGAACAACAAUCAGAAAAAGAAAAUGUGAAAGUCGAAGUUCAAGGUACUAACAAAGAACAAAAAGGAAAUCGAGUUUUCAAUAAGAUGAACCCAUUGACUACAAUUUUAGGAGGAAAGAAUAGCUCUUCGGAAAAAGGGCGGCCAAAAAGCCCAAUCAAAACAAGCAAAUACACAUCGAAGCUAUUUCGUGUCAGUGACACACCGAUUUUCGAACGACGUAAUAUAAGUUCUACAGUUCCUCCUCCAUUAAAACGUAGUGAUUCGGGUGAUCAGAUUAGACAGCCAAAAUCAUUGAACCAAGAGAAAUCAAUGUUCGCCUCUAAGCAAAAGGUUUCGCCUACUUCUGAGUUAAAAGCUCAAUCAAGUUUCGGCGAGACUCGCAACCGCUCUUCAACGAGCAAUAGUUAUGCCAUAAGUAAGCUCAAAGCAUCCAAGAAUAUAUUCUCGGACAAAAAUCUUCCUCAAGUGUUUGUUUAUAAAACCAAAAAGACACCAAGCACUGCAGCAGAAAUUGUUGCACCGGAUGCCAUAUGUACAAGUAGUUCUAUUACCUGUAACAGUAAGAAUAAGUCGUUAGCAUUAGCUGAAAGCCCGCCCACAAGUAGAAAGCCGCCGAUCAGUGGUGGUGUAGCUAGCACUAAUAGUUGUAGUAUUCUUAGCCUAAGCAAACGCCGUACUUUUAAACCGGUCGAAAAUUCGUCCAGACAUUCAAGGCAUUAUGCCCCACAGGAAACGGGGGGCUUAGACAAGUCGAUCGAGAAGUAUAUUGCAUUAUCGUCGUCCCAUAGUGGUAGUGCAAGCAAUUCUCGCACGGAGUCUCCUUCACCCACGUGCGGUUCUAGUGAUACUAGCACCCGACAGCGUUCUGCAAACCGGACGGCUAUUCUUUCUCCCGAAAGUGUUCGCAAACUGAACGCUAGGCUGAUGGAAUCCCGUAAACCUGCCUGUAAUGGUGCUGCAAGUAAUUGCAGUUCUUCAACAAAAAGCUCUGGUGGUGGAAAAUCUGGCAACUCUGCGAAAUCGGUUUGUCCCCAAGAGAAAAACAGUCGAUCAGUGAUGAAGAAUAAACGGGGAGAUGUGAAAACAGUUGCGUUUUAGAUGUUCGAGGGUACUUUCUGAUAUUUUUUUAUGGCAUAGUCAGUCCUAGCACCCCGAAGAGCACACGGUUGAAGUCAUUCCCUCGGUAAUGGGUAUAACAAUAUAAAUUUUCGACAGAUUCAUCUUCUCGCUAAUGAGUGGAUCUAAAAUACAUUGAAAUGUGGGUAUUUUAUUUGUACUAGCCGAAACUGUGUAGGAAACGACAAUUUUUGAGACAAAAAUGUAAAUUAAAAAAAAAUUUCAUUAACCUUGGACUACGUGAAAUAAGAUAUGUGAAACUUACAUUGAUGUUUUUAAACUAAACGCUACUAGCUUUUUAAUGUAUUUUCAAGGCUAUGUAUGAUGUUUUGAAAUGUAUUCUCAUUAUUCCUCAUUACCCAGAGACUCUCCCUUUCGAUAAAUUUUUUUCAUCCAAUUAUGCGCAUUGUUUGACCCAUAUAACUCGUUGAACAUGUUUAGCUUUAUACGGGCGCCACGCAGUCCAUUUAUCAAUCAUACCGCUGUGGCAUUCUACUCGCAAGAGAGAAGAGGACACCCUACACAACGCAAUCAUCAAUGCUGGAUAAGGAUGUGAAACUUUUUGUAUAUCUUAUUUGCCGCUUAUGGGUAUUUAGUUGUUACUAUCCCUUUUAUAAGUUCCAUAUACAGGGUGAUUUUUUAAGAGCUUGAGAACUUUUUUAAACAAUAAAACGCAUAAAAUUUGCAAAAUCUCAUCGGUUCUUUAUUUUAAACGUUAGAUUGGUACAUGACAUUUACUUUUUGAAGAUAAUUUCAUUUAAAUGUUGACCGCGGCUGCGUCUUAGGUGGUCCAUUCGGAAAAUCCGCUUUUUUAUCGACAAAUUUUGUUCAGCGAUGAGGCUCAUUUCUGGUUGAAUGGCUACGUAAAUAAGCAAAAUUGCCGCAUUUGGAGUGAAGAGCAACCAGAAGCCGUUCAAGAACUGCCCAUGCAUCCCGAAAAAUGCACUGUUUGGUGUGGUUUGUACGCUGGUGGAAUCAUUGGACCGUAUUUUUUCAAAGAUGCUGUUGGACGCAACGUUACAGUGAAUGGCGAUCGCUAUCGUUCGAUGCUAACAAACUUUUUGUUGCCAAAAAUGGAAGAACUGAACUUGGUUGACAUGUGGUUUCAACAAGAUGGCGCUACAUGCCACACAGCUCGCGAUUCUAUGGCCAUUUUGAGGGAAAACUUCGGAGAACAAUUCAUCUCAAGAAAUGGACCGGUAAGUUGGCCACCAAGAUCAUGCGAUUUGACGCCUUUAGACUAUUUUUUGUGGGGCUACGUCAAGUCUAAAGUCUACAGAAAUAAGCCAGUAACUAUUCCAGCUUUGGAAGACAACAUUUCCGAAGAAAUUCGGGCUAUUCCGGCCGAAAUGCUCGAAAAAGUUGCCCAAAAUUGGACUUUCCGAAUGGACCACCUAAGACGCAGCCGCGGUCAACAUUUAAAUGAAAUUAUCUUCAAAAAGUAAAUGUCAUGUACCAAUCUAACGUUUAAAAUAAAGAACCGAUGAGAUUUUGCAAAUUUUAUGCGUUUUAUUGUUUAAAAAAGUUCUCAAGCUCUUAAAAAAUCACCCUAUACUAUUCGACUUCCGGUUCAAUGCAUAGAGAGCUGGUCUUACAAGCCAGUUGUCGUAUGUUUGGACCCCGACCUGGCAGGAUUUUUAGUGUCAGUAAGAUCGUAGUAUUAGCCAUUCCAUGAUUCUGUACGGUAUAAAUCGGCUGCGAAGUCUGCGAACAGAACGACCAAAUCUCAAAAAAAGAAAUUUAAUUCCAAGACUUUGCUUGUUUACCAUUCGACUCAGUUCGUUGAGAUCGCAAAAUGUAUGUGACAAAUAAUGCCACCUAUUUUUUUUCGGAGAUAGCUGAACCGAUUCUUAAAAACUUAGAUUUAAAUGAAAGAUGAGAGAGAUUUAAAUGAAAGAUCUUAUCAGGUGUACAACCUUGCUUCCGCCGUUUUUUCCAAAAUUAAAAGCUUUAUUGCGAAAAAGUGCUUACAGAUGUAUUAUUCAAAGUAUUGUCCGUCGCUAGCGAUAACUUUCUCCCAUCUUACCGGCAAUUUUCGGAUCCCGGCUCGAAAAAAGAAGCCCUCUUUUGACGCUAUCAAUGAAGCAAUCCAUUUUUCCAACUCUUCGAAGGAUUGAAAAUGUUGAUCUGCCAGGCCGUGUGCCAUCGAACGGAAUAGGUGGAGCUCAGAAGUGGCGACAUCUGGGGAAUAUGGCGGGUGGGGCAAGACUUCCUAUUUCUGCGUUUCCAGGUACUUUUUGACCAUUUUUGUGACGUGAGGCCGAGCUUUGUCGUGUUGGAGGAUGACUUUGUCAUGUCGCUUUUGAUAUUGUGGCCGCUUUUCUUUUAGCGCGCGACUAAGGCGCAUCAGUUGCGUUCGGUAGCAAUCUCCAGUGAUGCCGAGACGAUUACCGAGCACUCGGCUGUGCUAAUCUCGGCAUUUUUUGCCGAGAUUCAGCAAGAAAAUUUAAGUGUGUACGUCUUGUUUGUUGGAGGCCGAACAAUUUAAUUUCGGAUGUCAGUUCUCCGAAGUAUCGUAAAUGAAGGUCAAAAUGUCCAAAUUGAAACUCACUUAAUUUAAGAUUUUUUAACCGAUAUUCGUAAAUUAAGGUUCAAAUAAAUGGUCUGAUGGAAUUGGUUUUAGAAAAAGAUCAAUCAAUCUUACACUGAAAAAUUGAUUUAUGUUCUAUUUACAAAAUAUUAUUUUGAUUUAAGUGAAACUUAUGAAUUUUUUUAUUUGAAUGAAAUUAAUCUUAUGAUAGUUUGGACAUAUUCUAUAUGUUCCCACCAAAUUAUUUGAAGUUGAAAACUUUUAAUGAAAAAAAAAGUUUUCCUAGCCUAAAUUUUUUUUGUCCAGCACUGACACUUUUUGCAAAUAUUGGUAACUUGCUGUAUUCUGCUAAAUUUAUCCACAAAUUGAGUUUCAUUGGAUUCUUGGAUGAUUAUCACCCUCAUCUUGUUUACGUCCGUAUCGACCAUUUGACGAACGGAUAGUUUCGAACGAAUAGGAAUAAACUAUUCUUGUUUUCACUCGAAUAAACUCGAACGCGACUCGUUUGCCACAACAUAUUUAAAUAUAAGUAAACUUUUCCAUAUAAAUACCAAGCCAUGAUGAAAUCACUCAAAUUCUUGUGAUAAACCAUAGGCGAAACGUUAGAAUGUAUGUCAGUUUCGAAGGAUACGAGCAUUCGAACAUUAGUCGUAGGAACGAAAAGUUCCAUUCUAGUUUACAGACGAAUAGGCGAAAUGCCGUGGUUUGGAUUCGUCAGUUUAAUGCUGCGAAUCAAUCGUCCGGACUGCUAUCUUAAAUGCAUUUUUUAAUUUGCACGAAGUUGAAUUUUUGUUAGAAAAACUUUUUUUUUGCAUUAAAAGUGCCCUCUUUAAUCAAUUACCAAGAGGAUUCAAAUUCACUCAACUCUUUGCAUAAAAUGAUACCCGAAACUUUCGACUUUCAAACAGAAUUGUGAAAUCAAAAAAAAUAAUUUUGUGAUCAUAUCACAAUAAUUGAAAGAGAAACUGUCACCUGCUCUUACGGCCUUCUAGAAAAUCAACCGAGAAAUAAGCAAAUCUAUAAAUGGGAACAAUGAAGACAGUUGAAUGAAGGUUUGGCAUUUUAAACACUAAUCACACUGUAUUUCAGUAAGCCGGAUCUGAAUAAAAUGGGACCAUCAUAUCUUUCACCAUAACUGGGCCAUAACUUUUCCAGCCGAAUGUUGUGCUUUCGGGCGCUUUGGACAAGAUUCGUCAGUUGCUGUCCGCUCAGAUGAUGAUCAUUCAGAUUCCUGAGUGAAGUGUUGUAUCCAUGUUUCAUCCAUUGUCACAUAUCUACGCAAAAGUUCCGGUUUGUUACGUUUAAACAUGGCCAAACACUGCUCAGAAUCAUCAACACGUUCUCGUUUUUGGUCAACAAUGAGCAAACGCGGAAUAUAAAACCAAUACGUUCUUUUGAUAUUUUUACGAUGUCAGCUAACUGACGUAACUUCACUUUUCAAAAUAAAAAAAAAACGAUUUUGUGGAUUUUUUGUUAUAUUUCCUGGUAUUACCGCCUCAUUUGGAUGUCCACUGCUUUCUGCAUCAUCGGUGUCUCUACGACCACGUUUGGAGUCAGCAAACCAACAUUUUAUUGUUGUUUCUGAUGGAGCGGAGUCUCCAUAACACUUUUCAAGCCAUUACUUCGCUUGAGCGGUAUUUUGCUCAUCAAGAAGUAGUGUAAAAUUAAAACACGAAAUUGUUUUUGAUCCAUUGUCCUCAAAUAAAAAAAAAUAGCUCUUAGCACAAUAACUCACAAACUAAUGAAGAGAAUAUCAUGAAACAUUUACAGCUGUCUUUUGAAGGUUAGUAUUAACUGAAAAAUUGUGAUUGCGAUAAAACUAGCGCCGUCUAUGUGUCAGGCCCGAGACUUUUCAGCCCCUGUGUUAAUUUCUGAACCGGAUGUCGGAUGCGAGGCUGUGGUGCCACAAUACUUUUGAAUUAUUUGAAUCAAAAAUUUUCAAAAGCUGUCGAACCAUCUCCGUGAAAUCACAUAAACAUUCAAACAAAGAUAUGUUGUAAUUUUCAGAUUACGUUUUUUUAUUCUGAAAGGUUAAUCAGAUUUUGUUGAAGACAUUUUUUUUCAAUUCCAGUAUUUUUUUAUUGCGCUGCAUUAAUUAACUGGGUGAGUUCGAAUUUGGAUGUUAUCCCAGUGUAGAUUAAAAAAUCGCUGUUAGUUGCGAAGUCUUUUCGUAACAGAAGGUCAAGUUCCAAAACCGAAAUGUAGCGUAUUUGCCUGCCAUACAUCCAUAGGACUCCUCUAUAGAAAAUCGUUUAGUCGGGAAAUUAAAUUGUAACGUUACUGGGUAUCGUUUUUAAUCCUUACAUCAAAGCUACAUCGCCUAGCGUCAGUUUAACGUAGGUUGCCAUAUAAAAAAAUAUAUAUAUA